AUAUCCUAACAAUUCCUUUGUCUGGUAUUUGUUUACCUUUGCAGACUCACCGGCAGAGUGACUGAAGCUAUUAACUUUGCUUCAUAUAAUUAUCGUAAGUUUAACCAUGAUGAGGGUGUUGUCGACCUAUAGACUCAUUUUUUUUCCCCAUCUUCCAGUUGGCUUUGCUCAAUCCUCGGGACCAUGCGCUGACGCAGUAGAAGAAGCUACGCGCCGUCUUGGCAACGUUACCUGUAGCACCCGCGCAGAAGCCGGUGGCAGUGACGUCCAUAAUGAAUUGGAACAACUUGUUGCUCGCUUUGUUGGCAAAGAAGAUGCCAUGGUUGUUUCUAUGGGUUUCGCAACCAACUCUACUACCAUUCCUGCUCUCGUCGGCAAGGGAUGUCUAAUUAUCUCCGACGAACUUAAUCAUGCUUCCAUUGUCUUUGGUGCUCGACUCUCUGGUGCUUCUGUCCGUGUCUUCCAACACAAUAAUAUGGGCAGCUUGCGUGAGCUUUUGCGAGAAGUCAUUUCCCAAGGUCAACCUAGAACUCACCGUCCAUGGAAGAAGAUCCUUGUUAUUGUUGAGGGUCUUUAUUCCAUGGAAGGUACCGUUGUUAAUCUCCCCGAACUUGUUGCUCUUAAGAAGGAAUUCAAGUUCUACCUUUAUGUCGAUGAAGCUCACAGCAUUGGCGCUCUCGGCGAAAAUGGCGGUGGCGUUUGUGACUUCUUCGGCGUGGAUCCUGCGGAUGUCGAUAUCUUGAUGGGUACCUUCACCAAGUCUUUUGGUGCUGCUGGUGGUUAUAUCGCUGGCGACAAGGCUGUCAUUGAUCACCUUCGUGUCCGCAACCAUGCUUACAUUUACGCUGAAACCAUGUCGGUUCCCGUUGCUCAGCAAGUCCUCACCAGCACCAAGAUCAUUUGCGGUGAAGACGGUAGCGAUGACGGUCGCCGUCGUAUCAAGCAACUGGCUGAGAACUCUUUGUACUUUGCUGCCAAGUUGCGUGAAAUGGGAUUCAUCGUGUAUGGCGACCAAGGUAGCCCGGUGGUUCCUUUGCUUCUAUUUAAUCCUGCAAAGAUACCAGCGUUUUCUCGUGAGUUACUCAAACAUGGCAUUGCUGUUUGUGUGGUUGGAUACCCUGCUACGCCAAUCAUUACCUCGCGUGCCAGAUUCUGCUUAUCUGCAUCGCAUACUAGGGAUGACAUAGAUUGUGCCCUUAAUGUUAUCAGCGAGGUCGGGGACCUACUCCUUCUUAAAGUCAGCCAAAGCAAGAAUCAAUAAUUUAAGAACGAAUCGCCAACUACUUUUUUCUAAUUAAAUUGGCAAAAACUUUCUUUGUAUCAUUCUAUUUUUUUCUAAAUACAUCUUCCCCAUUUUGCAUCUGUGAACACACCUUUUUUCUGUUAUUCUAAAAAAAAAAAACCUACCCACCAACCAAUUAAUAAUCGAUUAAAAGAAAAUAGUUGAACGAAAUGUUCCUAUAAGAGGGAAAGAUGGGUUGACCACCAUGAUGUCAAAAAUUUGAUUUUAAAGAUAAAGCUAUUGUUUCGGAGUUCCG